AUGCCUCUUUGUGGCGGUGGUCAAAAUACGAGUAUGUAUCAUAUAUGUUGGAUAUGGAUCUGGUUUCAAUGUUCAAUUCUUAGUUUUGAGGAAUCCAAAUGAGUUGAAAAAUUAAAUGACAAGUGUGAUUUGGUACUAACGCAUUAGUUCAACGUAAAAUAGUAAUUCUAGGUGAUGGUGCAUGUGGUAAGACAUCGUUGUUGAAUGUUUUCACAAGAGGAUACUUUCCUCAGGUGUAUGAACCUACUGUGUUCGAAAACUACGUACAUGAUAUUUUCAUAGAUGGCCAAUCAGUUCAAUUAUCCUUGUGGGAUACGGCUGGACAGGAAGAAUUUGACAGAUUAA